AUGGACGAAGGCAGCAGCCUCAAUAUUAUCUUCACCGACAGCGUGGAAAAGAUGAAGAUCUCUUUGUCAGGAGAACAUAAGUCGAACGUGGGCUCCCACGGGGUGGUAGAGGGCCGCCCGGUCUGUCCCUUAGAGUCGAUCGAACUCGAGGUCCUCUUUGGAGACGAGUCAAAUUACCUAAGCGAAACCAUCCAGUUCGAGCUCGUCCCCUUCCAAAGCGGCUACCAUGCGAUCUUGGGCAAGCCCGCGUACAUAAAGUUCAUGGCAGUCCCGUCCUAUGCCUACCUACAGCUAAAGAUGCAUGGCCCGAAUGGCAUGAUCACCGUACGGGGAAGCACAAAGACGGCCUACAAGGCCGAAGUGGCAAAUGUGGAGCUCGCUGAGGCCGCCUUGGCCUCCGCCAAUCUCACCAAGAUAAGAAAGCGGAUAGGGCCAUCAGAGGCCGAGCUUCCCCAGAAACCAAGGCCUGGUCCCGUCUUCCAGCUGGCCAAGCAGACCAAAAAAUUCUAG